AUGCGCCGUAAGGUCCAUGCCAGCAAAGACAGAAUGGAAACUUUGCUGCAGCAGCUGACCCAGGGUAACGCUCUGAUCCUCAUCAUCAUUUUGGGAAUUGGCGGAAGCUUUCAUUGUGGCUACCACAUCACUGGACUGAGCUCUCCCUCACCGUACAUACAGCGCUUCAUCAACAGCAGCUGGUACGACAGAUAUGAAGAGCCUCCACCUCCACAGACCAUCACGAUGAUCUGGUCCCUUAUUGUUUCCAUGUAUGCUGUCGGGGGAGUUUUUGGGGCCGUCAGCGUCAAAUUUGUCUCAGGCAUGCUGGGAAGAAAAAAGGCGAUGAUCUUCAACAGCUUCAUUGCCAUUGUUGCAGCAGGGUUCAUGCUGACGAGUAAAGGUGCCAAAUCAUAUGAAAUGAUUAUUGUGGCAAGGAUCCUGUAUGGCUACUCGGCAGGUUUGGGACAGAGCACCCAUUUAAUGUACCUGGGAGAGAUUUCACCCAGAAAAUUAAGAGGCAUAGUGACUCUGACCUCUGCAACCUUCGCCUCACUUGGCAAACUGUCUGGACAGGUUUUUGGACUUAGUCAGAUCCUUGGUCGUGAGGAGCUGUGGAACAUCGUCCUCUGUGUCCCUGCGUUUUUCUCAGUGGUUCAGGUUAUUGUGUUGCCUUUUCUUCCUGAAGCUCCCAGAUACUUAUUCAUAGAGAAAGGUGAUGACAAGGCUUGCAAAAAAGCUCUCCAGAGUCUGUGGGGCCAAGGCGACUACAAAGAGGAGAUGGAUGAGAUGUUGGCUGAGCAGGCGGCCAUCGAGUCAGCCCCACCAAAAAGCCCUCUGCAGCUCAUAAGGGACGGAACUGUUCGAUGGCAGCUCAUCACCAUGUCCACAAUCUACUGCUGCAACCAGUUGUCGGGCAUGUCUGCUAUCAGCACCUUCUCUUUUGACAUCUUCCUCGAGGCAGGUAUACCAAGAGACAAGAUCCGCUAUAUCACGGUUGGACUUGGAGUAUCUGAAAUCAUCACCUCCAUCUCCUGUGGACUGCUGAUUGAGCGCACAGGGAGGAGGCCGUUGUUCUGGGUGGGUUAUGCUGUCAUGUCAGCCAGCUGGGUAUUGUUCACUGUGACGCUCAACCUGACGGAUUCCAGCUAUUGGGUUCCAUACAUUGCUGCCAGUUUAAUCAUCUCCUUCAUCAUCUUCUUCUGUGGAGGACCUGCGGGAGCUACAGCCGCUCUCAACAGCGAGAUCUUCGUCCAGUCCGAUCGAAUGGCAGCAUUUGUCCUCAUGGGGAUCCAGCGCUGGUUGAUGUUCGCUGUGCUGGGCCUGGUCUUUCCAUUCCUUAUUAAUGCCCUGAACUCAUACUGCUUUGUGCUGUUCGCCUGUGUGUGCCUGCUGGGUUGUCUGUAUACCUUCUUCCUCCUGCCUGAGACCAAAGGGAAGACCCUGUUGGAGAUCUCUGAGGAGUUUAAAGCCAUCACUGUCUGUGGGAAAUCCUCCUUAGAGGAAAAGAGAGUGGAGACCAAGUUAUGACAAUAUUUAUGUUUUGUGAUGUUUUUUAAUUAAUUGUAAAAGCAUCAGUCAAAAAACACUGUAUAUUAUACAGGGAAAGACAGCACAGUUGAAAAAGAACUGGAGCUAAAUUACUGAGACAAACCU